AUGACAUCUUUGAAAACGGAUUUCCCAAGAUCGUAUAGAUCAGCAAAAGGAAAUGAUUUCAAAAUUGCACCAGCCUAUUCUGCAUUUCUGGAAUAUUGUGAAGAAAUUGCUGAAAAUGUGAAACAACCCGCAACUUGUCGUGCAUAUGCAAGUCGUUUGGAUGGACAGGAAAAGUUUCGAAAUUGGCCGCCAGAGAGAGAUGAAAAAUUGAAAAUGAGGUGAGCAAUUUGGAUUUUUACAUAGGUUCUAGAAGAUCCUUAGAUUUCCUCUGAAGAAAAUGUUUUUUGUGUUCAAAAAUUAGAAUUUAAAAGAAUUUUUACAGAUAAUUUUUUUUACUGUUUCAAAAUUUUCAUAUAAAAUUUUCCUAGGGCUGUUUUUCGUUUCUGUUGUUUAUUUCAACUGAAAAAAUUGAAUUGGAAAAGUGAACAAAUUUCGCUGUUUCAAAAAUUGUUUAUUGGAAAUUCUAAAUAUUUUUCGAAUGAUUCGUCGCUUCGCCAAAAAGUCUUUGGAAAAUUUCUGGAAAUUUCAUUGAUACAAAAUUACAAUGUAAAAUUUUCUAAAAAAUAUCACUGUUUCAAAAAAAAUCAUAAACUGUUUUAGCUGAAAAAGUUUCAGAUCUGACAAGCGACAUCUACACACCUUCUCUCGACUUCAAAAUCGUGAACUCGGUAAAAAUUCCCACGGUCUUCGAAGUUUUUCAAGCGCAAUUUUGAAUUCCGAAUGUCGUGAAUAUCGAUUUGAACAAUCAGUUUGGGGAACUAGCGCAGAAGAAUCUUGCAGAUGGGAUAAUCGACAAAUUUUCUUUGAAGAACACGGUUCAAUGGUGGAAUAUAACGCACAAAACGAAUUUUAUCAAUUUGAACACCUGAGUGGUGGUCGAAUUGUCGAUGUUUUUUAUGUUAAUCCAACUGGUAGAGAUUAUGAGGUAGGAAACGAACAAUUUUGAAGAACAGGCAUAGUUUUCAGACAAUUCCAGAAUGUGAAAAAUAUGUGGCUACAUUAUUAGACAGUUACAUUGAAGUACAUAGUUUGGAAAUUCCUGGAGAAUGCACAUACAGAGCUGCAUUGCCGCUAUCAAACCGACAAUAUAGAUAUGAGUGAGUAAAGAAAAUCAAACAAAUAAAUAAAAAAUUUUCAGAAAAAUUGGCUGGAAAACUGUGAACGAAUCGAUAUUUGUUUAUGCAAAAGCUUAUAAAGAUUGCUCUCGAAAGGUGUGUUUCAGAAUGAUUUUUUUUCACGUAAGAGAAAACGAGAGAGUGAAAAUUAGCGUGUACGUGCGGAAGAGACGCCAGACGAAAAAGGGAUAGGAAAAGACUCCGCCCACUUUUUUUUUAAAUUUCAGAAGCUGAAGUGUUGGAAUAUUUUUAAUAAUUUUUCUUUCGCUAUGAGUGUUAGAUUCUCAAAUUUUCACCUUUUACAAAUUCGUUUAUUACAGAUGAAAAAAGACACCCCAGCCGAUCAUUUGUUCUUGAUUUUCGACGCAUUUCCAUUCACUUUUCGAACAUGUUUCACUAUUGAUGAACAUGUAAGCUUUUUUUCCCCACCAAAACCUAUUUUUUUCUACAUUUCAGGCGACACCAGAUAGAUCACCAAUUCAUACAAUCAACAUAAAAGAUGAAUUCAUAGAAGUUCUCACAGUAAAAAAUCAAACACUCGUUUAUGGAUUUCAAGAUGUUCUAGAGAAGUAUGCAAUAGUUUCGACAGAACGAAUUGAUGAUGACGAAUCUUAUGUUCAGAUUUUGUUUGAAGUUGUGAAACUAGGAGAACCCCUAAGGAUAUCGGAAGAGAAUUUUGAUCUGGUAAGUAAGUACAAGAAAUUCUCUUAUUCAAGUUCAUAAAACUUUUCUUUUCUAUCAUCGCAGAAACUAAUGUGCUCAUCAAUUUUCCCGAUUCUCGUCAAAACAGAAGACAAAUCUAUAACUAUUGAUGAUCUCGAAAAUCCCAAAAUCAUUCUACCGAGAAUUAUGGCUGCAUUCAAUUUUACAAUCGGCGAAAACAGACACGAGGAUUCUAUAAUAUUUCCCGAUCAAUUUUCAUCGACAUUUGUACUUGUGGAAGAUCGCAACUUUGUCAAGUAUAAUAUGAGAAAAUGUGGUGAAAAUGGGUUGAUAGUUGAGAGAGUUUGGAGAACUUCGAUAUUUCCAGAAGGGGAGAAACGAAGCAAUGAUCCACAGUUGUGGGAGUUUAUGGUGAGGGUUGGAAUUGAGCCAACACUUAGAAGAUCUGGCCACAUAUUGAUGAAUGUUCAAGUUAGAAAACUCAAUCUAUUUCCAGAUAAUCAACGAAACCAAAUUCGACAAUGAAAAUCUGAACAUCAAAAUAUCGAUUGAUUAUGCUCGCUUGAAAUCAAAUGGAGAUUUUGAUAAUUAUUUCCGUUGCAAAAUCUAUCUAAUGUAUAUCAUCGACUACACAAAUGGCGAAAUUUUGAGAAUUAUUCCGAUUCACCGACAUCGACAUGAGGACAUUCAAAACUCGAUUGAAGAUCGGGGUUAUAAAAAUCCUACAGAGUUGAAUGAUUCAUUUUUGAUUGAGGAAGAUUUGUUGGUUUUUAAAAAAGAUGUGGAUUAUUCGAGGCAAUUUGAAGUUUGGGAAUUGAUUGAACCACAACAAUAUAUUGAUCAGAAUGGAGUGAGAGAAGAGAAAAUAGGAAUUAUGAAUCGAGAACAAGUCCUGGGUAGUAAUGAAAUGAGAUCAAACAGAUAUAUGUAA